AAAACAUCACUCGUUGCUUCACAUUAGGAAUACACCGUCAACAGCGAGUAAUGUAUGUCAGGUACCAAGUGAAGGAAAUUCUUCAGAAUUAAAUAAAGAAAAAGAAAAACCAGAUGAACCGUGUAAAAAUAUUAUUUCUUGUCAUAUUAGUGCCCAAAGUCACGUUUUACUAGCGACGGCUUUGGUAAGAGCUAUAUCACAAUCAGGCAUAUGCGUAACUUUACGGUCUCUUUUAGACCAAGGUUCUCAAUCUUCGUUCAUAACUGAGGCAGCUGUACAGCUACUUGGUUUGUCGAAGAAGCAAUGCAAGAGUUACGUGUCGGGUUUAGGAGGUGACCAAGAUUCUAUGGUGACGUCAAAAUAUGUCGUCUAUUUUAAAAUUCAAUCACUGAUAAACCCUAGUUUUGUGAUGCAAGUUAAGGCCCAUGUACUGAAAAGUAUCACCACAUUGCUGCCUGACAAGGAAAUUGCAGUGCAGGGGUGGUCAAACAUGCCAGUGUUAAAAUUGGCAGACCCAACUUUCAACACACCUAAUAAAGUUGAUAUACUUUUAGGAGCAGAAGUAUACUGUCAAAUUAUAGAAGAAGGCUUUAUUAGGAGUGGCCCAGAGAUGCCAGUAGCCCAAAAUACUAAAUUGGGAUGGAUUUUAUCUGGAAAGGUGUCAACAACGGGUUAUGGAAAUACUAAAAGUUUUCAUACUACUGUUCGACGCAUGCAUGCAGUAGGAGAAAAUAGUCUAUUGCAAAAAUUUUGGGAACUGGAAGAAGAACCAAAAUUGAGUGAAGAAAGAAAAUGGUCAGAUGAAGAACAGAAGUGUGAAAAGAUAUUCAUAAGCACGACAACAAGAGAUUCUGAAGGAAGAUAUGUCGUCAAGCUCCCUUUUCGGAGUGAAGAUCCGCAAUGUCAAUAUGGUAAUACAUUGGCUAUUGCUUUAAAAAGAUUUGAAUAUCUUGAAAAAAGAUUAUCAAGAAAUCUUGAAUUGAAAAAACAAUAUACAAAUGUAAUUAAUGAAUAUGUUGAGUUAGGUCACAUGGAGAUAAUUCCUGAUAUUGAUAUAAAACCAACAUUUGUAUAUUUGCCUCAUCAUGCGGUGGUGAGAGAAGAUAAGACAACAACAAAAGUAAGAGUUGUUUUUGAUGCUUCGUGCCCUGGAAAAAAUGGAGUGUCUCUGAAUAGUGAGUUGAUGAUAGGUCCAAAAUUACAACCGGACUUACGUCAUAUUAUUAUGCGUUGGCGUAUGCAUCCAAUUUGUCUUUGCUCUGAUAUUGUAAAAAUGUACAGACAGAUCAAAGUUACUGAAAAAGAUGCAAAUUUUCAGUGCAUUGUUUGGCGUGAAAAUCCGGAAGAUAAUGUGAAACAUUUACGCAAUUUAAGGGUUACGUUUGGAACUGCAUCAGCUCCUUAUUUAGCUGUUCGGGCUUUACAACAAGCUGCUAAGGAUGAAGCAGAACAUUUUCCGAACACUUAUCAAAAGGUGUUGGAUGAUUUUUAUAUGGAUGACUUGUUGUCUGGUUGCGAAAAUAUAGAAGAAGGAGAAAAGUUAUAUAAAGAAAUGAAAGAAUUGUUAUGCAGGGCUGGGUUUGAGCUCCAAAAAUGGACGAGUAACAGUAAAAAAUUGAUGGAAACUAUAAAUGAAAAGCAAUUAAAUGAAAAGAUCAAUUUAAAAGUUGAUGCUGUUAUCAAAAUAUUAGGUCUCAGAUGGAAUCAAGAAUCUGAUAAUUUCGAAUAUUCUGUAAAGAUUCCAUUUUCUGACGUAUCUAUCACUAAACGCAAGGUUAUAUCAGAGAUUGCUAAGCUAUUUGAUCCAUUGGGUUGGUUGGCACCUGCAAUUAUUGUUACUAAAAUAUUUAUACAAAAAUUAUGGAUAUCAGGGAUUGGUUGGGAUGAUUUAUUGCCUGAAAAUCUAUUAAAAGAAUGGAUUUCAUAUCGUAACGAACUUUUAUUGCUGCAAGAUGUUACAAUACCCAGAUGGAUGAAUACUUAUCGUAGUGAUAAACAACGAGAGCUUCAUGGGUUUUGUGAUGCUUCAAAUGAAGCUUAUGCAGCUGUAGUUUAUAUGCGUGCAGUCGAUAAAGAAGGCAAUGUAGCAGUUCAUUUAAUAACAUCCAAAACCAAGGUUGCUCCAAUCAAACAGGUUUGUAUUCCUCGGUUAGAAUUAUGUGGAGCUGUUCUGCUGUCUAGACUAUUGCAAGAAGUUUCGACAGUUUUGGAUAUACGCAAGGAAAAUAUUUAUGCAUACACGGAUUCUACUGUGGUUCUAGCAUGGUUAGGUUCUUAUCCCGGUAAAUGGAAAACAUUUAUUGCAAACCGUGUUUCUGAAAUUUUAUCAACUAUGGAUAGAAAGCAAUGGAUUCAUGUAAAAUCUCUUGAGAAUCCCGCUGAUAUUGCAUCACGCGGCGUUAAACCUUCAGAAAUGAAGAAUGCUACGAUGUGGUUUACUGGUCCAUGUUGGCUGAAAGAAAAGCGUGUUAUUAGUAAAAAUGUAGAUGAAACAUUUGAUACAGAUAUAGAAAAAAAGGUCUGUCAUGUUGAAGUUAAUAUAGGAGAAGAAAUUAAUAAAGUUGAAAGUAAGAUUAUUAACAAGUUUUCGUCUUUAAGAAGGUUAGUCAGAGUAAUAAGUUACUGUAGACGAUUUCGUAAAAUAAGAAGUGUUACUGAAAAAUGGUUAACAAGUGACGAAUUGAGAGAGUCAUUAAAUAUAUGCAUAAAAAUAGUGCAAGGUGAAGGUUUCAAGACAGAAUUAAAGGAUUUGAGAAAAAUAGGAUUUGUAAAUAAAAAAAGUAAACUUACUGCUUUGAACCCGUUUCUAGAUGACACUGGAAUUUUAAGAGUUGGUGGACGCUUAGAAAGAGCUCAAUUAAAUGUAUCUGCUAAGCAUCCAAUUAUUUUACCUGAUAAAUCCCAUUUCUCUUCUUUGAUUAUUGCGGAUGCUCAUGAAAAAACGAUGCAUGGUGGACCGCAGCUCACUCUUAAUUAUCUAAGGUCUCGAUAUUGGAUAUUAAAUGCAAAAAAUAAUGUCAAGGCAUUUAUUAGAAAAUGUGUCACGUGUAUACGUUAUGCAGCGAGCACACGAGAUCAACUUAUGGGGCAGUUGCCAAAUGCAAGAGUGGAGAUGUGUAGACCUUUUUAUAGAACUGGUGUAGAUUAUGCUGGUCCUAUAAAUAUUCGUGUGUCCAAGGGAAGAGGAAAUAAGUCGUAUAAGGGUUACGUGUGUUUGUUUGUAUGUAUGGCUACACGCGCAGUGCACCUAGAAGCAGUAAGUGAUAUGACAAGUAGCGGAUUUUUAGCAGCUUUCAGACGUUUUGUUGCUAGACGUGGCUAUUGUGCUGAUUUAUAUAGCGAUAAUGGCACUAAUUUCAUAGGUGCUGCUAAAGAAUUACAGGUGUUGUUUUUAAGCGAGAAGUCUAAUUUUAUAAAUGAAGUAGGUGAGGCUUUAGCAAAUGAUAAUACAAAAUUUCAUCUGAUUCCCCCACGGGCUCCUAAUUUUGGAGGGUUGUGGGAAGCAGGGAUAAAAUCUACUAAAUAUCAUUUAAAAAGAGUGAUCGGACAGUCUACUCUUACUUAUGAAGAGUUGAGCACAGUCCUCACUCAGAUUGAAGCGUGUCUCAAUUCAAGACCAAUUUCGCAAUUAAGUACCAAUCCUCAUGAUCCGUUUCCUCUUACUCCUGGUCAUUUCUUGGUUGGAGAACCGUUGUUACUUGUGCCUGAUGUGAAUUAUGAACAAUCGAAUAUUAGUAGUCUUAAAAGAUGGCAAUUCACACAACGUAUGGUGCAAGACUUUUGGAGAAGAUGGUCCCAGGAAUAUUUAAUACAAUUUCUGAAUAGGUAUCGUUGGGCUUAUCAAAAGCCAGAACCUAAUAUAGGUGAUAUAGUUCUUGUCAAAGAAGACGGUUUGCCACCGGGAAAAUGGUUAUUUGGCUUGAUUGUGCAGAAAUUUCCGGGAAUGGACGGUAUUACACGUGUAGUAAAUAUUAAAUGUAAGGAUUCUGUUAUAAAAAGGGCAGUUAGUAAGCUUUGUGUUCUUCCUGUCACAGAAUAAGAGGUUUUUUUUUAUUAUUUAGUUGUGAAUUAGUGUUCAUUGUUAUGUUUUGUUUAUGUUUCAGUGAGUAAAAUGACUUAUUAAAAAGUCAUUAUUUAGUUAUAGCAUUUGAUGUUGUUAUCUUUUUUAAGUAAGUUGUAAUAAUUUUCACUCACCAUGUGAUUGUGAUUAGAUUACAGUCCACUUUGUUUAUCCAUACUCAUUUCAUGGUGGGUGGUAUCAUAAUUUUGAGUUAUUUUAAUUAUGGACAUUCUGUCCAUGGUGGGCGGAAUGUUUAAACGCCAAUAUUUAAGCUGAAUAUGUGUGUCACUAGAUGGCGAUAUCCAGUUUUAGAACGCGAUAUCGUGUGUCGCUCAUGAAAUUAUAUAGUGCUUCAAAAUAUAUAAAGUUUUUUUGGCUUAACUUUUUGAUCAUUACACGGUUGUCACAAUUCUGAAGUUUAUAUUUCUGUUGGACCUCACGUGUAUUUUUGACAAUCAGCCGAUUGUUCAAUCGUU